AAAACUGUCAUUUUGUAUAUCUAAACGUAUAAGAAAUAUGAAGAUCUAUGGGGUUCCUUUAAGCUGAAACAUGACUGACAAGUUGGAAAUACUAAUUUAAUUUUGGUGGUUGCCCUUUGUCAUACCUAAUGAACUGUCACUGUGUUAUGAAUGCAUCUGGUACGAUGGACACAGUCUGUUGAAACAAUUGCAAGUUAAAUUAUGGGUCAGAGUUGAGACAUGCUUGUGAGUGAGAAGUCUGUCAGCAUCCCUGGCUGGAGGUGAACCAUGCUGGAGUGGACAGAUCCCUAGAGGUAAUAUUUUAUUCUGUAGAAGAACUACAUUUCCAAGGGUUUUCUGGUUUUAGUGAGUUACUACUAUAUGCCUCAGGUUUGGUACAAUCACGCUGAUAUAUUUUUAGAUUCCUCUUGAAAACUUUUUCUCUUAAAACCAAAAUGGAGUCAACAGGAUCUGUGGUUUCUGUUUCAUGCUUUCUUCUGCAGGGUGCAAUGACUCCAGGAAUUCCAAUUUUUAGCCCGAUGAUGCCAUAUGGCACAGGACUGACACCACAGCCUGUCCAGAGCACCAAUAGUCUGUCCAUCCUAGAGGAACAGCAGCGGCAGCAGCAGCAGCAACAAGCAGCACAGCAGUCUACAUCACAGCAAGCGACACAGGGAACGUCUGGUCAAACUCCCCAGCUCUUUCACUCACAGACUCUUACCACAGCCCCUUUACCGGGAACCACACCUCUGUACCCCUCUCCAAUGACUCCGAUGACUCCAAUAACUCCUGCAACACCGGCAUCCGAGAGCUCUGGGAUAGUGCCACAGCUACAGAAUAUCGUGUCCACGGUGAAUCUUGGUUGCAAACUUGACCUGAAAACUAUUGCGCUCCGUGCCCGAAAUGCUGAAUAUAAUCCCAAGCGUUUUGCUGCUGUUAUUAUGAGAAUAAGAGAACCACGUACUACUGCACUUAUAUUCAGCUCUGGAAAAAUGGUGUGCACAGGAGCAAAAAGUGAGGAGCAAUCCAGAUUGGCAGCAAGGAAGUAUGCAAGAGUUGUUCAGAAACUGGGUUUUCCUGCAAAAUUUUUGGAUUUUAAAAUUCAGAACAUGGUGGGCAGCUGUGAUGUGAAAUUUCCCAUCAGAUUAGAAGGAUUGGUACUCACACACCAGCAGUUCAGCAGCUACGAGCCUGAAUUGUUUCCUGGCUUAAUCUACAGAAUGAUCAAGCCACGCAUUGUUCUGCUUAUUUUUGUUUCUGGAAAAGUGGUUUUAACUGGUGCUAAAGUACGAGCAGAAAUCUAUGAAGCAUUUGAAAACAUCUACCCCAUUUUAAAGGGAUUCAGGAAGACAACGUAACAGUUUCUAUAUCUUUUGGAGAAAUCAGGGGUAUAUUUUAAAAGGUAUUGCGUAUGGCACAGCAGUAACAAGAGAUGGACUUCCAGUGAAGCUGCAACACCAGGACUUGGACUAUUUCCCAGUUAGUGCCUACUUCCCUGAUGCUCGAGGGGAGCUGUAUUCUUGAUUAUGUCUACUGAGUUACUGUGAGUUGCUUUACUGGGCUGUUCCUGGAGCAGUCCCUCCCAAGUUUUAUUUAUAUUCUAGCUUUUGAAUAGUUUUAAUGCCAGUUCUAUUAAUAGAAAAUCCGUAAGUUGGUUUAAAAAACAAAUGUAACUGUGUCACUCAGUGUAUAAACCACUUAAAUUGCCAUGUAUAUAUGUUUUAACUUCCUUCCAUAUGACCAUAGUUUUUAUAAUUUUCAGAACUUAAGCUUUUAAAUUUUUUCAAUUUUAAAUUUCUUUGGUGCCAGACACAUUCCCUCUUUCCAGUAUUAAGCAAGACAGAAUAAAUUUAUUAAUGAAAAUGGCUCGCUGUACAUAUAUAUAAUAUAUACCUUCCUUCUCUUUCCUCUUUCAGCUCCACAUGUACAAUAAACCCUCUUU